AUGCGACGCAGAUCGGCGGGCCGGUUCUCGACGUCGAGUCAGAUAGCAGGGCAUCAGGGACACCUUGGGCCCUGUUGGUGGUAUCGCUGUAUCGCUGUAUCAAGGCUAUCAGAGCUCAGAACCAGCGAGAAGGAGCACCCCUCCUCAAAAAAUGGAGUUCGAUGCCCUGCUGAAGAGCACCCUUUGGGCAUAUGCAGCGGUGGAGGAAUGGCAGUACCCAAUCAUCUGCGGAAGUGCAACUUCCGCAUCAGGUAUGCGAGGCAUCAAGUGGAGUUGUGCUGGGACACCAAAGCCUAUGCCAGUGCACUACCAGUGGCACCUGGGACGCUCGCGCAAUGCCUAGACUGCCACUUGACCAGCACCGACAGGUCCCCGGCUUCGACGAAGGGCCUCGAGCCCAAGCUCCAUGCAUGCCCAUACUCCGUACGCCAUCCACGGAGGCGGACUGGCCAUCGGCGAUUCCAGAUACUGCCACUGCGGAAGGAAGCGCAGCGCAGCGUUAAGUUCAGGGAGCCACGGCGCGAUUUGGUGGAUUGGUGGAUGCGUGGAUGCGUGGGCUUGUUCUCGUGUUCCAGACUUUGA